GGAGCUUCGACCGAACGGCGCCAAACCAGACACCCCUCGAUUUUCACCACAGCACAAGCAGACAACGGAUUCGGGACUCAAGAUGGGCGCUACUAGUACUCCAAACCCGACACUACCCUUGCCUGGCAAGGAGAAUAUUCUCAUCACCAGCGCUUUACCAUAUGUCAACAAUGUUCCACAUCUCGGAAACAUUAUUGGCAGUGUCCUGUCUGCAGAUGUCUUCGCCAAGUUUUGUAAGGCGAGGGGUCUCCCGACAAUAUAUGUCUGCGGUUCAGAUGAGUACGGCACUGCGACAGAAACAAAGGCGCUUUCCGAGGGCGUGGAUCCGGCCACAUUGUGUGCCAAGUAUCACGCGAUCCACAAGGACAUUUACGACUGGUUCAGGAUCGACUUCGACGUCUUCGGCCGCACCCCUACCCCGGAGCACACGUGCAUAGUCCAAGAUAUCUUCACUCGCCUUUGGAACAAUGGCUUUAUCGAGCAGCGGGAGACCACCCAGGCCUACUGCCCUACUCACUCAUCCUUCCUGGCUGACCGCUAUGUCGAAGGCGAGUGCAGCCUUUGCCAUGACAAGGGCGCUCGUGGUGACCAGUGCGAUGCGUGCGGCAACCUCCUCGACCCCUUGGAGCCGGACAAGGAUGCGUCUGGAAACCAGGAGACCAAGGCGACCGGAUGGCUCAUAAACCCUCGCUGCAAGCUCGAUGGCACCACCCCUGAGAGGCGCCAGACCAAGCAUCUCUAUCUCCGCUUGGACGCCCUGCAGGACGAGAUCAAGGCGUGGCUGGAGACAGCUGAGAAGGGCUGGAGCGCGAAUUGUGUCUCCAUCACCCAUUCAUGGCUGGACCAGGGCCUGAAGCCCCGUGGCAUUACCAGAGACCUGAAGUGGGGGGUCCCAAUUCCCACGGGGCUCAACGGUUUGUCUGACGAGGACUAUGCCAAGAAGGUUUUCUAUGUGUGGUUUGAUGCUUGCGUUGGAUAUCCGUCGAUCACCAAGACUUACACGGAUGCUGGUAAUCUGGACGGCACAAAUUGGGAAAAGUGGUGGAAGAACCCAGAGGAUGUCUCACUCUAUCAGUUCAUGGGGAAAGACAACGUUCCGUUCCAUACCAUCAUAUUUCCUGCCUCUCAGCUUGGCACAAGGCAAAAUUGGACCAAGGUCAAGCACCUGUCUACCACUGAGUACCUCAACUACGAGGGCGGCAAGUUCAGUAAAUCUAAGGGUGUGGGCGUGUUCGGCAAUAACGCUCGCGAUACCGGCAUCGACGCCGAUAUCUGGAGAUACUAUCUCCUGUCCAGACGUCCCGAGACCAGUGACUCGGAAUUCAAAUGGGGAGACUUUGUCGAUGCCAACAACAACGACCUGCUCAAGAACCUGGGCAAUCUGUGCCAGCGCGUCGUCAAGUUCUGCCAAGCGAAGAUGGACGGUGUAGUGCCUGAGUACGACAUCUCCAAAUUCCCAGCUCUCCAGGAGCACAAGGACGAGGUGAACAGACAACUCCAGGAGUACAUCACACAUCUGAAGGGUCUGAAAUUGCGAGCGGGGCUAUCGGCAGUCAUGGGUAUCUCCGCACUGGGCAACAAGCUUUUACAGGAUAACAAGCUCAGCAACCAGCUGAUAACUGAAGAACCCGAUCGAUGCCGCGCUGUCAUUGGCCUUGCUCUCAACCACAUUCACCUUUUGGCGAACAUCCUCUUCCCGUAUAUGCCUGAAAAGGCUCGGUCCAUCCUCAGGCAGCUCGGGGUUAAAGGUUCAGGUGAGGAGGGGCACGUCACCGCGCACAUCCCGGAUACCUGGGAGGCAAACGAGCUCAAGCCGGGUCAUGCCAUCGGCACGCCCGAAUUGUUGUUUUCCAACAUUCCUGCAGCCAAGGUCGAAGAAUGGCGCGACGCAUACGGGGGCGAGGAGCUUCGCAAGCAGAAGGAACUGGAAGCGCAGAAGGCGGCUGCCAAAAAGGCAGCGAGAGAAGCAGAGAAGGAACGGAAGAGGCUUAAGAAGGCGGCCCAAGCGGCUGAGGCAGCCCAGGGCCAGGGCCAGGGGUCUACCACACUUCCUACUCGCCCUGCCGCAACCGAUGAAGCUGCGACGGAUUCAACUACGUCGGCUACUGCCGUAGCUGCAGCGGAUUCAACUGAGGCGACCGCCAAGGCGUGAUGAUACGGGCGCGUUUGGCGCAUGACGUACGUAGUAGACGGACUGCUGUGCUGCUUCUAGACUAGACUUCUUUGCCAGCGCGCCUUAUGAUUCAGCGUCGAUCCGCCCGCUGCUAGUUCUGUGUCAGACCGACACGAGUGCAGUAAUGUCUUUGAUUGUUAGAGCGCUACAGUACAUGAAACGGGACAAGCCGCAGCUAGAGAGCAUAGGGAAUACUCCAAGCUUGCCAUACCUGGUGAGGAACACGAGAAUUUUAGCCG